AUGCUGCGUGAAUUCCUCAAGCCCAGGCCCUCGCCGUUCACCAAGGACAACAAUGCGGGCGGCGGGUUUGUGGGUGACCUCGACCGCGUGCGGCUGCACACAGCUAUCUACGAGUCGGACAAGGUGACGGGCCUGAAGGCGCCAAAGGCGGUGAUGGACGCACUGCAGGAGGAUGAGGACGCCACCUUCCCUGAGUGGGCCAUCCGCAGCGGACCACGAGAGACGAUAUUUUUCGACCCAGCACAGGUGACCGCGGCAAUCGUGACCAGCGACGGCCUCUGCCCAGGCACAAACGACGUUGUCCAGAACAUUGUGUUCACCUUGACAGACUACGGUGUGGCCGAGGACCAGAUCCUGGGCAUCAAGUACGGCCUGUCGGGUUUCUACACCAAGGGCGCAAAGCCCGUCACCCUCACGCGCCAUGCCGUGGACGGCAUCCACCUCAAGGGCGGCACCAUGCUGGGCACCUCGCGCGGCGGCGUCAAUGUUGAGGAGGUCGUGAGGCGCAUAGACCUGUGGGGCGUCAACAUGCUCUACAUUGUGGGUGGCAACGGCGGCAACCACGCCGCGGCUGCCAUCACCGAGGAGCUCGAGCGGCAGGGGGUGAUCUGCACAGUGGCGACGGUGCCUAAGUCCAUCGACAACGACAUCCUGCUCAUCGACAAGUGCUUCGGCUUUGACACGGCCGUGGCUGAGGCGCACCGCGCACUGCUGGCGGCAAAGGUGGAGGCGAUGAGCGGCCGCAGGGGCAUCGGGCUGGUCAAGCUGAUGGGGCGCAACUGUGGGUUCAUAGCCAUGCAGGCCUCCCUGGCCAGCGGCAUCGUUGACAUCUGCCUCAUCCCCGAGAUGGGGCCUGUCCACUCGCCCAAGCUUCUUGCCCACAUCAAGGCCAUCCUGGACAAGAAGGGCCACUGCGUGGUCUGCGUUGCUGAGGGCGUGGGGCAGGAGGAGAAGUGCGCGGGCAUCGACAAGCAGGGAUACGCCAUUUUGAAGGACAUCGGCGUGUUCUUGCGAGACACCCUCAAGGGCCACUUCAAGGACCAGGCCGACAUCAAGUACAUAGACCCCUCCUACCUCAUCAGGGCCACAGCCCCUACACCCAGCGAUCGCAUAUAUUGCAAGGUCCUUGGACAAGGGGCAGUCCACGCAUCGUUCGCGGCCUACACAGGGUUCUCUGUCUCAAUGCUCAAGACCCACUUCGUCCUGCUGCCAACGCGCUACCUCAACAAGGCAAGGCGAUGCUGCUUUGG